AUGAGAAGGGACAGUGGAAAAAGAAGUGGGUACAAUCUUCAACUGGGUGGCCACAGUUACAGGCAGGCCUUCUAUGAGUCACCACUUCUGACCAGAGCUGAGCUAUCGAUCCCUACCACCACUGAACAACCGCCUUUGACCACUACCAUCACUGAACCACUGCUUUCAACAACUACAACCACUGAACCACUGCCUUUGACCAUUACCACCACUGAACCAUCGUCUUCUACCACUACCACCACUGAACAACUGCCUUUGACCACUACCACUACUGAACCACCGCCUUCGACCACUACCACCAGUGGACCACCGCCUUCGAUCACUACCACCACUGAACCAUCGCCUUCAACUACUUUCACCACUACCACCACUGAACCACCGCUUUCAACAACUACAACCACUGAACCACCGCCUUCGACCAUUACCACCACUGAACCAUCGUCUUCUACCACUACCACCACUGAACAACUGCCUUCGACCACUACCACUACUGAACCACCGCCUUCGACCACUACCACCAGUAGACCACUGCCUUCGAUCACUACCACCGCUGGACCAUCGCCUUCUACCACUACCACCACUGAACAACUGCCUUCGACCACUACCACUACUGAACCACCGCCUUCGACCACUACCACCAGUGGACCACUGCCUUCGAUCACUACCACCACUGGACCAUCGCCUUCGACUGCUUUCACUGCUGAACCGCCGUUCCCGCCGUUCACUUCUUCAUCUCUUGACAGACGGCUUCAAGAUAUCAGCGAUCAGCAUAAAAGAGUGCGAGCGGCUCAGCUAGUCCACAGAGAAAGGAUGGUGAAGUGUACUGACAUAAAAACAGGUGAACCUGGAGAUAAUAUUACCAUGCCCAUUCCCAUGGUGGACAGAUGUAGAGGUGACCCAAGAAAUAUCCUUGGAGUAAUUGUUAAUUGUGAUGAAAAUGACAUGUACAGAAUUGUGAUGAAAGCUGGUGUUUUUAAAGUUAAGUAUACCAGGAAUCAGUUCGAUCUCUGUCCCCAGCAACUCCUGAAUUACUAUGAUGUUAAUAUGGACAGUACAACCACACUUUGUCAGGCUCUUAAAUCUACAGCUUCUGGUGGACAAGGAUUCUUUUGUUGUGAUUGCAGCAAAGGCAAGACACAGUGUCAGACAAACAGGUGCAAGUGCUAUAAAACAAAGAGACUUUGUAAAAGUAGAUGUCACAAUAGCCUUACUUAUCCAAAUAAGUAAAGUGUUUACAGAUACCAUGUAGGGAGAACAUUAUCUGCAUUAUACAGCUUUCGAUGGGGAUGAUUAUAAACUUAAAAAUAAACAAAGCUGUUUGUUGCUUUUUAUCAUGAUGAUCAGUUGUGGUUAACAUUA